UGGCGGCAAAAAGUGAACUUACUCGUUGAGAGAGUUGAAAUAAGGUGUAAAAAUGAGUUUGUCGACACAACAAGCUGAUAAUGACAGCCAGUAUUUAAUGGUCGCUAAAUUAGACAACGCCAGACAUGUUUCAACAAUACUCAAAGCCAUUCAUUUUAAAGAUACAGCUACAAUUUUUGCCAGUCCGAUGGGGUUAAAGGUCACAACAGAAGAUGCUAAGUGUGUUCAAGCCAAUGCCUUUAUACAGGAAGCCAUUUUUCAUGAAUUUACCAUCAAGGAAGAACAGACCAUCUUUAAGAUAAAUCUUACGGUUUUAUUGGAAUGUUUGACUAUAUUUGGUAACAGUAGUGUACCAGGUGUCACUACUAGUUUAAAGAUGUGUUAUGCUGGUUACGGUCAGCCAUUAUUACUCAUAUUAGAAGAAGACAGUGUUGUAACUGAUUGUAGUAUUAAAACUUUAGAACCAGAUGAGGUGCUGGACUUUGAUUUCUGUAGCACAAAUGUAAUCAAUAAAAUCAUAAUGAAGUCAGAAUGUUUAAAAGAAGUAUUUAGUGAAUUAGAUAUGACCAGUGAAAUAUUACAGAUAUUAAUGUCUCCAGAUGCCCCGUAUUUUCAACUCUCGACUUUUGGUAAUUCAGGCAGCACACAGUCUGAUUUUUCUAAAGAAUCUGAUAUGGUUGAAUCAUUUCAAUGUACAAAAACACAAACAAACAGAUAUAAAAUCUCCUUAUUAAAGCCAACUGUGAAAGCUUUAGGUCUAUCAACACGUAUUUCAAUACGAACUGAUAAUCGUGGUUUCCUCUCGCUUCAAUAUAUGAUUAAAAAUGAAGAUAAUCAAGUUUGCUUCGUAGAGUUUUACUGUGCUCCUGAUGAAGAAUUAGAUGAUGAUCCAGGACAUUAAUAUCAUCACCACCAUCUAACAGAUGAUGAACCAAGACAUUAAUAUCAUCACCACCAUCUAACAGAUGAUGAACCAAGACAUUAAUAUCAUCACCACCAUCUAACAGAUGAUGAACCAAGACAUUAAUCUAACAGAAGGCUAAAGUAUCAGGCACAGAAGUUGAAAAAUUUUAAAAUAUCGUGAUAGUAUUCUGAGGUCAAGUCCAGUUUAAAUCAUGAUAAACAAUAUCUUCUGUUAGCCAGUUUGGAUUCAAUAAUAAUGGUGGUGUUUAUUUCCGUAUGGAAACCUACCUCAAGCCUUAGGGCGUAUACCCACAUGGGAAUAUCUGACCUCUCCAGUGUUGUUUAUUUCCAUAUAGAAAAUUUGUGUAUAGAGAAUACUGGAAUAUGGAAACCUACCCCCCCCCCCCCCAAGCUUUACGGUGUAUGACCCACAUGGGAAUGUCUGACCUCUCCGAGCUCCCAACAAUAAUUGUUCCUGCUAAUUGAGAGGUAUGGACAGAUAUCGAAAUGACCAGAAAUUGUUUUUUCCGGAAACUCUAUCUUGUAGUGUUACUUUUAUUUAUUGUUAGGAAUCAAUUCUGUAAUUGGAAUAUGGCAGCUUAAGAUCCCCUGAAGGGAUUUUUGGAGUUAAUCAGUAUUUUCCAACUAAAGAAAAAAACCUAUCAGGUAUAGAAAGUCCCAGUCUGAUGGCUUUGUACACAAGACAAGAAUCACUUUUCGUAUAUUCCUUUUAUUUAUGUAAAAAAUCUACAUAAAUGAAAUCAAUUAAUAAGCACUAAUUAAUUAUAUUUGGCAUUUACAAUUAUACUAUAUGUAUAACAUGAUAAAGAAAAACAAAUUUUUAUAGAGAAAAUCUUAACAAUAUGCUUUAAUAACAUUCUAUCAAACAUGUAUGUAAGCUUGGACGUAAGGCACUGUUAUAGACAUUGUCAGACACAAAUUAUCACAAAACAUGUAUAUAUAUAUACUAAGUCUGGACAAAGGAAAUUAUCACACAUAUUCCCUGCCGUGUUUCGUUUGAUUAAGAGCUAAUCCCACUAAACACUGCUUUAAUGGAAGCAAAUUUUCGUUCCAAAUUAUGACUGGUCAAUAGUCCAAUUAACAACCAAUAGCUAACUGCCUAACAAUAUGAUUAUGCUUUAAACAUAGCUCCACAUUGGACCAAAUAUGUUUACAUAACGUUACGUCAUGACUCGCAUUUUUCUAUUAUGCCCAAUUAAACAGUGCGUAGUGGAAUAUUUCAGAAAAACUAAUUGUGUGACAAACAAGGCUAUCAACUCUGAUACAAUGUAAACAAUACUGUAUGGAGAUGAACAAGACUUUCACCAUUUUUUAAUACCUUAAAUCACUGUCCAAAGUUUUAGGGAAGACCCCCAGAUUAAACAAAGGGCUGUCAUGUUGCUGUACUUGGGAUAGAUUUGAUUGAAUGGGAAGAAUAGACACACUUCCUCAAAAGCUCAAGUAUCAGAUGCCAAUCCAGCAAUGGGUAGAGAGGGAUUUCUCGGGCCAUUGCUUCAGGAGACGAAACCUGAAUUUGUGUUUGACAAUGUUUGUGACAGGUGCCUUAUGUGCUUGCGUGUAUGCCUAAAAUCAAGACAUGUCUCAAUUAUUGCGUUUGAAGGUGCUGGAUUGACUUCCAUGGAGAACUUGGAGAUCUCGAAUUUUGAUCUAGGAGUGUUUUUUGACAAGCACCUUUUUAUUAAUAGUUUCAUUCAAUUAAUCAGUAAACAUGGCCCAUGUUAGGGUUUAUCAAAAAUUUAUGCAAAGAGAGAGACAGAGCGAAAUAGGGUUUAAUGUCCAUUCGACACAAACUAACUCUAAUUUUGGGUUAUGGUUCAAUUUCAUUUUCAAUAAUUUGCUUGGCCUUUCGCAGUGGUGGGGAUAAAACUCACAAGGUUGGACCAACGACCUUACUCCUUGUCACGUACAAGUGCAAGCUGGGAAUCGCAAUCGCACCUUAUGGUCUAAUGGUACAAAAAGCUUUAAGAUCAUCAUAAACAAAUGUACAUUGUAUAGACACCCAUGCUGUGAAUAUGUCAUUAUGCUGGGUCAAUGUUUUUAUGUAAUAAUUAUUUAUUGAUAAUGUUAAACAAUAAACUGUUUC